AAGCAAAUAUUAGUUUUUCGCGGCCAAUUAAAAUUUUAAUUCAGAGAAAAAAAUUCAGAAAAAAAAAAAAAGCUUUCCUCAUUGCCCAAAAAUUCCCCCAAUUUUUCUUGGAUCUCAAGCUGAACCGCCCUCCGAGAUAGUUCUCAUGAAAUGGGUGGAAAUGAUUUGUCGUCUGAUCAAGUUAUUAAGAAGCUUAUUGAAAUGGGAUUUGAGAAUUCUGAUGCCAUAGAAGCUGUAGAAUCCGUAGGACCAUCAGUGGAUGAUGCGGUUGAGUAUGUUUUGAAAGGUUGUCGUAGGAAUAAUCUCGGUGCAUCAAUUAGUUCUCAAUGUUCUUCAAGGGAUGGGAAGAGUCUGGGUAAGAGAGCUACGUCGUUGUUGCAAUCUAUGGGUCGAAUGCGACAGACUAGCAUAUGGGAUCAUUUUCAAUCUGCAAGUACACCCAAAAGAAUCAGGGGUAAUGAUGUAUCUGAUGCAGUUGUGUCCAGAUCCCAGGUGUUGCCUAGUCCUGAGGAAGAACACAAGGAACCAUUUCCAUUUAUGAAUAAUCAACUUGAAACUGUGCCAGAAUCAUUGCAAGUUUGCUGCUCUGAGGAGCUGGAUAUUGGAUUGAAUUGGGAGCUGAAGGCUAACAGUUUAUUAAGAAAGCAUUUUGGUUUUUCAUCCUUGAAGGGUUUCCAGAAGGAAGCCUUGGCUGCGUGGCUUGCUCACCAAGACUGUCUUGUUCUUGCUGCAACAGGAUCUGGAAAGUCUCUUUGUUUCCAGAUUCCAGCAUUAUUAACAGGAAAGGUUGUAGUUGUGGUUUCUCCUUUGAUAAGCUUGAUGCACGAUCAAUGCUUAAAAUUAUCAAAAUUUGGGGUCUCUGCUUGUUUUCUUGGAUCUGGACAACUGGACAGCAGCGUGGAGCAGAAAGCCAUGAGAGGAAUGUAUAAUAUUAUAUAUGUUUGUCCAGAAACAAUUCUGAGACUAAUAAAACCUCUUCAGAGGCUGGCAGAAAGUCGUGGAAUCACAUUGUUUGCAAUUGAUGAAGUACAUUGUAUAUCUGUGUGGAGCCAUGAUUUUCGGCCUGACUAUGGUCGAUUGUCUGUGUUGCGAGAGAAUUUCAGUGCCAGAAAUUUAAUAUUCUUGAAGUAUGACAUCCCAAUUAUGGCAUUGACUGCUACUGCCACAGUUCGGGUUCGGCAAGACAUUCUUGAUUCUUUGUGCAUGUCAAAGGAGACAAAGAUUGUGGUCACUUCAUUUUUCCGUCCAAAUUUACGAUUCUCAGUAAAACAUAGUAGAACAUUGGAGUCUUCAUAUGGAACGGAUUUCUGUCAACUUAUAGAUGUUUACGCCAGAAAGAAAAAGAUUGGUGAAACGAAACAAACUCUAAUCUCACAAGAAAUCCAUGGCCAAUCGGAUUCAGAUCAUUCUUCUGCUUGUGUCUUUAAUGACAUUGAAGAUAGUGACAUUGACAAAAGUGAUGAUGAAAAUUCAACAAAGGAAAAUGGUCCAAUUUCUUCAAGGGAAAAGCAAAUGUCAGUAGAGUAUUUAGAAAAUGAGAUUGAUGUCUUUGAGAGCGUGGAAGAUUGGGAUGUUGCCUAUGGUGAAUUUUGUGGACAAGCUUAUUCUGAAGAAAGGGAUUCACAUGGGUCAUUUGAGACAAUCGAACCACCAAAUAAACCAGAAGAAAGACUGAGGCUUUUGCAAGAGCCUCUUGAACAAGGACCGACCAUCAUAUAUGUUCCUACAAGAAAGGAAACACUGAGCAUUGUGAAGUAUCUUUGCAAGUUUGGAGUAAAGGCUGCUGCUUACAAUGCAAAGUUGCCAAAAUCACAUUUAAGGCGCGUUCACCAGGAAUUUCAUGAGAACUCCCUAGAGGUUGUUGUUGCAACUAUGGCUUUUGGAAUGGGGAUUGACAAGUUAAAUGUUCGAAGAAUCAUACAUUAUGGUUGGCCACAGAGUUUGGAAGCAUAUUAUCAAGAAGCUGGUCGAGCAGGAAGGGAUGGAAAAUUAGCAGAUUGCAUUUUAUAUGCAAACUUAUCAAGAGUGCCAACACUUUUGCCUAGUAAAAGAAGCCAAGAUCAGGCAAAGUGGGCAUAUAAAAUGUUAUCCGAUUUCUUCAGAUAUGGCAUGAAUACUUCUUCCUGUCGAGCCAAAACCCUUGUUGAGUACUUUGGGGAGGAUUUUGGUGAUGAGAAGUGCCUCUUGUGUGACAUUUGUGUUGAUGGACCUCCUAAGAUGCAGGAUUUGAAAGAGGAGGCAAACAUUUUGAUGCAAAUUAUUGCUGCUCGUUAUAAUGAGAGCAGUUUCAUGGACGGUUCUUAUGAUGAUUCUCUGUGUAAUGAUAUUCAACAACAAAAUUUCCUAGCGAAGCCUAACCUCAGAACUUUUGUCGAUAAAAUAAGGGAGCAGUCUCAAAAAUUCAUAGCGACUGAUCUGCUAUGGUGGAGAGGUCUAGCUCGGAUCAUGGAAGUUAAAGGAUAUAUCAGAGAUGGGGAUGAUAAGAUUCAUGUUCAGAUAAAAUUCCCAGAACCAACAAAAAAGGGACUGGAGUUUCUCCAGUCCGAACGUGAUAAAGCUUUCCAUGUUUACCCGGAAGCAGAUAUGCUUCUCUCAAUGAGAAGACCAAGAGCUUAUUCCACUUUCUCAGAUUGGGGAAAGGGCUGGGCUAAUCCUGAGAUCCGUUGUCAGCGCUUAAGGAAGAUACUGUCAUCCAACAGGAAAGCACGGAAGCCUAGAAUCAGGAAAUCAAAAAAACAUUUACCUGAUUUUAGUACUUCUCGGGGUAGAAUAUCUGCAAAAAUCUCAAAAUAUAAAUGAUGAGUUAGAAUAUAUAUAUAUAUAUAUUUAUAUAUAUUGUUUCCCUGUUUUGGUAAAAAUGUAUCUGUUAAAAGUAAUAUUAAUCUUUUCUUUUUGGGUAUUGAGAGAACUCAAUGAAAAGUUAAAGUUACAUGACCAUUAUUGAAGCAAACCAUGGAGGAUGGAAGAGUAACACAAAAGCCACCAAGAACUUGUCAAUCAAAGUUUCAAGAGAUGGCAAAGGCAACAGGUUUUGAAAGAGAGGCUAAGGAUCAUUAGUCAGGCAUUGGAACAUGCAGAGGAAAGAGCUUUAAGGUUCCAAGAAAGGCAUGAUCGUAUUCUUAGCCAAAUAUGUUCAUAUUACAUGGUUAAUCAGGACCUUGAGGAUGCCUUGGCUGCUGCUCGAGCUGCCAUGAAUGAGGCUUUGGAGUUUGCCGUUGUGUUGAGGAAGAUGCAAUUGCAGAUUUUGAGGUCGUUCCCUGAUGAUGCUGAUGCUUUUCGUGUUGGAUAGGCCAGGAAAAUCGUUAUUGAAAGCUCCAACUUAAUGCAAAACAACCCUUACAAAUGCUGGAGUUGUCAUUUGUUGAAAUCCAUCCUAGAAAUCAUUCUUUUUUAAAAUUUUGAUAAUGUAAUUUUAUUUCUUUUAUGAUUAUCGUGUUCUUAAUACGCGGGAACAAAUUCUAGGAAAACAAAAUAUACGUCAUCCAAAAUUAAAAAGCAAUGACGUUUUCAUGAUCAUUACUUCAUAAAUAAAUACAUCUAAUUAAUGUUCUUUUACUUUAGAUUUAUUUACAAG